AUGCUUACUCCCGGCUGUAUUUCACGGAUAAAAACCAUUGCAGGCAGAGAUGAAAUGCAGGAAGUAUUUACGGUGAAAGUCUUGGACAUCUUCAGAUACAUUGUUGACAGGAGCUUUCCAAUUCUAGACCCUGAUUUUACUGAUGCUUUCGACAUUGUCAUUACUGAUGGUCGUUACAAGACGAAAUGCUUGUUGUCAACCUCUUUAAAUUCGCUGGUUUACGAGAACAAACUGCGAGAAAACUCUGUUGUGACUGUCACCGAAUGGAGUUCUUUGAUCGACGAAGAAUCGUUGGAACAAGUACCUUUCGUCAUUCUUCAAAAUGUUCAAAUUUUAAAUUUGGCCUCAGAGAAUUGUGAUGUAGUCCGAGAGGAAAUCCAAUUUUGCGAAGAUGCAGCACCUAAUGAAAAGCAAGAAAUACCACUGGCAGCUUCUCGCGGUUAUUAUUUGCCGUUAUGGAACGACGAAGACUGCUUUGGAGAGAGGUGGUUUAGUGCUCCAGAUUUGCAGCCUGUCAACCCAAUUACCAAUGCAAUCACCAUUCAUGAUCUUAAUAUGUUUUGGAAAGCUCUUCCGCGUCCAUUUCCAGCACUUAUUGGGAGAGUGGUUAGCAAAACUAGGCUGAAUCACUACGGAAAAGCUUCGGACCAGAAGAGAAGGUAUCCCUAUCAAGCGUACCUUGAACUUGAGGAUCGCACUGCGACGGUUUCUGUUUGCAUCUGGAGUUCGUUUUGCGUGCUUUUGUAUAACUAUCUACAAGUAGGAGACAUUGUAGCCCUCUUGAAUUACCGUAUAAACCGAAGGUUCAAUCAAAGAAGUAACGCAGUCUACAAUACAAGUGCUUCCACGAGCAUCGAGAUAUCUGUGAAUCCUACUAACCCAACAGCAGAAGUAUAUAAACUGGCACCGAACGAGCUUGGACCAGGAUGGAGGUUACCUGGUGUACCCUAUAGGUGAGAAAUGUUUAAAACUAGAUGGAAAAGAAAUUAUAAAAUACUCUUUGAAAUUUUUUUUCAUCGUGACCUUUUCUUUGAUCUGUUAGGUUUUUUUGCAGCAGUGCGAUAUUCAUUAAACAUGCCUCUAAUGACAAUGGUUGGCCAAAUCUUUUGGAACAGUCGGUUGAAAUCUCAACCAAGACUGCAGCUAACUGUUUGUAAGAGGCUCUGUCAACAAUCAGUCAACUAUAAAUCAGAUAUCAGUGGACUGUUGGUCAACUAAUCGUCAACACUAUCCACAAAACACAUCAUUCAUCAUAGUUAUUGUUAAUUCUUGUCUUGGUAACAACAUAACAAACUGAUAAAUGUGUUUGUGUAUGAUUGGCAGGAAAUUUAUUCUGUUUACAUCCAGCCACUGCAACAAUCCAAUGCCCAGAGAUAAGCAAUUUUUUUGUUUCUGAUGGGUUUCUUGCAGAUUUAUUGAACGGAGAUCACUUGCAAACUACUGUUCAGGCUUAAUAUGUGAUGUUGUGGGAGUUGUGAUGUUUGUCAGCCGAGACAGCAGAAAAAGAAAGGGGAACAAGUUGUCUUUCUGGACCAGUAAAUGGGUGCACCUGCUAGAUGGUAAGAGGAUGCGAGGUAGUCUCUUUUGCUGUAUUUGCCUAAGUUACUGUACAUGUAUGUUCACUCUAGCUUGGUUACAAAAUUUAUAAAGAAUUAGUUUUUCUUGCUUCUUUUUCAUCAGAACUUCAGGUUGAUUAGUACAGCUAGGUGUUUAUAAUUAUAGACUAAUUGGGGUUGUGUUCUACUGGAAAUUGUCCUUUUAUUGUUUAGCAACUUGUACAACUUGAAUAUUUUAUUACUCAGUUGUUUCACAAUCAAGGGAACCCUUUUUCCUUGUGUGAUGUUACAUGCUUUUAUUUUUAAACUGGUAACAAGCAGGAAAUGUAUUAUGACAUAGUAUGGAAGAGAACAUUGUGUUGAACAAAAUGAAAAAAGAAUUGUGGAAAUUGGUCACAAUUUGGAAGAAUUAUGGAUUAUGUGGUAAAAAAAUGCUCUAUACACUUAAGAAGCAAAGGCAAAGGGCAAGAACUAAGGAAGACCAUGUCUGUCUUGCUGAAGCACAUCAGAAAGAUAGAGAAAGAAAGAAAGAAAAAGAGUAGACAGGCAAGGAAGGAGUACCUUGAGCACCAUCGUUUGUUAAGAAGGCAGAAAGAGAGAGAAAAAAGGCUUGAGAUGAAAAUUUUUAGGGAGAAGAUAAAGGAAUCCCAGGUAACACAGUAGGCCAAACCUGGUAGAUCAUCAGUGGUGAAGAAAUGAGAAGCCAGAAAAAAAUGCUAAAAAAAGGAAGCAAGAAAAAAUAUGAAACAAGAGGUAUGAGGAUAUGGAAAAACAAAACGAGAAAACUGUUUUCAUUGUAUAGGAUUGAAUGUUUGUUGCUUUCAUUGAAUAUUUUCCACUGCUUUUGUAGUUACAUUAUAGUUUUCCAAAUAAAUUUCUGUUGAUGUAAUUAAAAUUGAAAGAUAAAUGUUUUUCUGUCACAAAUAGUGCUCCUACAUUGCUUACCAUAGGGACAUGUGAAAACUAGAUGCAUUAUAGACAAAAUUUUACAUGAAGAAUGUAUCGGAAAUGAAGAAUGUAGUGUCCAUACCCCCCUUAAAGGUCAUUCUAAAGUGACCUCUUUAAAUGGAAGUAAGGCAGUUUGUGCAAAGAUAUUUCAGGAUGGUACACUCAGGGAAUAAAGCUACCUACAGAUUACUUUUAUUUCUUGAAACAUGAAAUUUUAUUUUUGACCCAUUCCUGACCUCAAAAAUGUACCCUUGAUUGUGAAACAGCUGAAUUUAUUACAUCACUACCCUUAGGCACUUAGUGGUUCUUCUUAAACCACAGCCUUGUUAAACUGUUAGAGUCACAGUACUCCAAUCUGACACCAUGAUAACAUUUCUUGUUUGACUGAGUAGUUCUCCAUUUGUACUUUAGGUACAAGUUCUGUGCCAUUUAUUCUCCAUCUUUAUGCUUCCUCACAACCCCAAGUCUUUGAUGCCAUCACACCAGGAACGGUUCUCGUUUGUGCACGAAUGCUGCUUAAAAUUGAGGCUCAGGCAUCGAAACACCGCAAAUUAUGCUACCUUACAACAACUAGAGAAUCACAGGUUUACCUUUUGAGACAGCCAUUGGAUGUGAAAGACAAACCCUUUACUGAAGCGGAAGCUGUAAAUGAAGUCAUCAGAUGGCGUCAAACUACAGAUGCUAAACAGCUUCUCAGAAAGUCUUGUGUGGGUGGGUACUAUGACUUUCCACCUCUCCCUGAGUCUCUUGAUUUGUACAAGAGAACAUUUUCUCCUGAGGCACCAAUGGAUCUAAUAACCACAGUUAACCUUGGGUUUAUUCUGAGAGAGGUUCAUUUCAGAGAACACUUACGGCUGCACAUUCAGGGCAUAGUUGUAGCCCUGGAGUUUGUUCCUGCAGAAAGCAAUGAAGAAAGUUCGUGGCAGUCAUCUGGGGAGAUCAGCUGUUACCAGCUUUGUGAGACCUGCCACAGUGACAAAACCAUCAGAGAAUCCACUUUCACUGGCCAGUAUGGUUAGUAGAAAACUAUUAUUUUGUUCACAAGUUUUUUUAUCCUGUUCUGUUCAGCUUUUGACUCAAAUCUAUUAUAAUUAAGGUUAUUGUGCAAGUUGGGAAAAGUGAUGGCUCAAAGGACAGGGUACAGAAGAGAUUGACACACUUUGGUUCAAGCACCAGAUUGUGUUUUCACAUGCAGCCCACUAUUGCCCACAUUAUGCAUUAGUCAUUUUGUGAGAAAGACAUGGGAAUUUUAAUGAAGAGUGGUGUUUUGUUUCUUUUCUUUUAGAUGAAAAUGGAUCAAUUCCUUCAAGCAGCCAAACCAGCAGGUCUGGUUCUAAUUCUUUAAAGAUGAGAAAGAAAACACCCAAUAUAACACAAAAUGGACAAGAGAAAAGUUAGUGAUUAAACAUUUAAUUCUUAUUAUGAAACUCUGAAGAAGUUUGGACUAAAAGAGAUUUAGUCAGACAUGAUUUUUCUUGCACAUGCAUCCCACCUGUGUUGAACUCAUGAAUUUGAAUGCUAAUUAUGCUCUCUUUAGUUUUAAUUAUUAAUUUAUUAAAAUAUUAGAGGGGAUUGAUGUUAGCAUUUUGUUUCUUUUGUGCUCUUAAUGUGGAAGCAUAAAAUUCUCAUAGUGAGUAACAACUGGCUCAUCCUGUCGCUUGUCCCGGUCAGUUUCAGUAGCACGAAAUGUUUACGAAUGUUGUUACUCCUCCCUGGACAAGUUACCUCUCCCUUAACAUUUCGUGGGGUUCCAGAAAGUUUUGCGAGAUCUACUGAAACUACUCAACGUGAAAAUAGUGUUCCUGCAGUUCUGACAACACCAGACUCAUAGAACUGUCUUUUGACAGUGGAAAUAAGGGAAGUAAGGUCAAGUUUGUUCAGAUAACAUAUUAAGGUUGGAUAUCUGCAAAGUCUCUUUUCUCUACAUUUUCUUAAAUGGAGACUACCGGUAACUGGAUAUCCAUAAACUCACUUUCCCCAUCCCCAAAAAGAAUCAACGAGGCUAAACUUCGCCCAUUUUUUCAUGUCAUUGUUUCACAAGCUCCUCCUCCCUUCAAAUUAGCUUUUUUCCCGCUAGCAAAUUUGAAAUAAGCACUGCUGUCUAUUUACCAUCCUCUCUUUAUUAGUGAAUGCCCCAUCUCGUUUUCCCUCUCUGUGAGGGUUCUAAUGAGUUAUUGCAGCGCGAAUACAGGUUUGUCCACAUCACGCACAUUUUUUAAACAGUACAGGAGAUCAGUGGUUUCUCAGCAAACUUGUGGUCAUGCCGUAUCGAGAUCUAGAUGAAACACAAACUCUGUUAUUGUGCUCAUCAGUUUAAUAAACCCCUUCCCCUUCCCCCUCGAAAUAAAUGCUUGGAACGCUCAUCUAUCGAACACAGUUAUUAUGUUACAUGUGCGUGGAAUGAUAUCAUCGAUUGCAUCGACGCCUUUCUUGCACGUGGUGAAAACGUUUUCUGUUGGCGUAUGAAACUUCAAUGUUUGCACAGCAAAACUUCAAAGUUUUCUCCCAUGUGGGUGAAAGUUUACGUUGCCUGCUUACUUGAAAGGUUUUCGCGCUUGUUGAUAGUUGUCGGCAAUGGCGUCUACUGGCAACGUACAAAGAAAAAAUUUCAAAUGUGGCGUAUCCCUAUCCACCGAAUUACGAAAUCAAGUGAUAGAUAUCGCACGGCUCGAAGUUUUGCUCUCAAAACACAUAAAUUUGAUAGGCCAACAGCACCUGUCUGAAUAACGUGCGUGGAGGGGUAGAUACAAUCGACGGUAUAACAACUGCUUGUUUAUCUAUAGCAUGGGAUUCGGAGAUCGAAGACGAUUCUGAGUAUGAAGUUGAAGUUGAUUCAGCCCCUUCAAGUAGUGAAAUGAAAGCAAAUUCAAGCAAAGAAUAUCACAUCGUCACCAGAAGAAUUAAUCCCAGAAGGAAGUGCAAGAAAGGUAAUUACUGAUUCGUUUUAUCAAAUAUUAGAAAGUUCUAAAUUCGAGGAACUCAACUGAGUUGUGGGUGAUAAAAUGCAAACCGAGGAAAUAACAUUAGCCAGUCAGAGGAAAGGAACAAUUUUACAAGAGAUAAAAACAAGCAAAAUGCGUGAGGCAAACGUAAACGCGAAUGAUUAUGUCGUUUUUGCAUUGGUUUUGAAUGAUUGUUGUUAAAGACGCUAUGAGUUUUCUGAACUUACUACAUAGCGAAGUAAAGCAAAGCAGAUACAUAGUACUUUCGACACGCUCUUGAAAAUUGUUCUAUCGCAGCAUUUCUUUGUUCAUGGGGAAUUUACUAGUAAGCUUCGACUUUACUGAUGUACCUAGCCCCAGUUCUCCUAGGUUGUGCGCAAACAUUUCAAACAUUUUUCCUCUUGUUUUAGUUUCUAAUGGUGUUGUUCUAUCCUUUCGUCCAGUUUACCGUGGUCCAAAGAACGUUCGAAUCAAGACGAGAUCACGUAAAGUUGGUACUGAGAGAAUGAUCUCCAAUCAGAAACGAAAAGCAAACAAGCGACUCGCUCAUCCGCCAAAAAAAGCGAGACGGAAAGUGGUGUCAACAAAGCAAGCGUCCACCAGUGUAAGUAGAGAGGGGGGAAAGGUUUCAAACGGCAUUGAGCUGUCAGGAAAGAGAGGUAAAAAUUCGUCAAGUUCUUCUGCUUCUAGCGAAGUAGUUAAAUACUACCCAUUCAGAAUUAUGGAUCAAUCGUGGACGCACAUAGCGUCUGACAUACCUUUUCUUGGAUUGUGGAACCCAAGCUUGCACGAAAACACUCUUCCAAAACUUUGCAGUCGAGGACUCACGGAUGUCGAAGUAGUACCGACUGCUGAUCGGCAAGACUUCGUGAACGCCGAAGGUCACUGGAGGCUUAUGAUAGCGGGUCUCAAUCGACGAGCGAUCGUAAAUGCGAUAUUUUUACCCCAGUAUUCCACGACAAAGGAGGAUGCAAGUGGAGAAAGCGACGUUUUUGUGACCGCUUUGGCAACGGGAGCCUUUCCAAACAGAUAUCCUGUGGAAAGGCUCUUAAAUUACGCUUACGAGGAAUUAAAAGAGCGAAGAAUGGUAUUUGUGUUGGACUUGUACAGUCACGGGCAAGAUAAAGUGGAAAUCGUUAUCAAUAGAGCUUACUGACUGUGAUAGUGUCAUAAAUUUAGAGCGAGUUUAAAUUGUCGAGCUAAGUGGACAAUAGUGAG